AUGACAGUUCAAAGAAGAACUCAGAGUUUAUCUAGUGAUGUCAAUGAACAAUUACAGAUUGCUGCUGCCAAGUUUAAGUACUUUCCUGUAGUAGCUGAUGCUUCAACAGCACAGCUGCUUUUGUUUGUUAGAGGAAUUUCUGAAAAUUUUGAAGUAACUGAAAAAUGUGUUGAAAUGAAUUCAACUAUCACUACUGACGGAGCUCCAGCAAUGAUUGGAAUUCAGAGUGGCAUGGUGAGUCUACUGAGAAACCAUUUGGAUGAUCGAUGCAAAGAUUUGCUUGGGCAAUUUAAGGAAAUUCUAGAACACACAGAUGCACCACAUAGUGAACUCAAAUAUUACUCUGAAGUAUGGUGGAUAAGCCUUGUAAAGGUUUUGAAAAGGUUUGCUGAUUUGAUUGAUGAGGUAAUACCAUUCCUUGAAGAAAAAGUUAAUCAAAAUGUAAAAAGAUUUAAUAUCCAGUUUGCACAACCAAGCGUAAGCUCUGAUCAAAAGUAUCAACAAAUGCUUCAAGACACUAAUGAAACUGGAAUGUGGCAUGUUGAUUCUAACCUAACAACAAUAAGAAAAAUGAAGAAGCCAACAAUUAGUGAAGUUUGCAGCUGGGUGAAAAAGUUAGGAAAUGGUGGGAAGAAAAAGGCUAUUAUAUAG